GAUGUAACAUAAAAACACGGAAGUGUCAGUGUAAGCGUUACUUAAGCGGAGACUUGUUACAUAGCGUCCGUAACUGCAUCUUCUUUAUCUAGAAGUUAUAACACGCCUGUCUGUGACUGUAUAUAGGCUACUGCGUUUGCAUUUUAGCGCUCAACGGCGGACAGUUUUACAUUUUGAACAGCAUUACAGUGAAGAUGCUUAAAGCCAUCGGUCAAACUUUCUUUUCUUCUGGACUCCAGCACCCAAAAGUCACUGCUCAACAGAGUAAGGGUGAAGACUAUGAGGUCCGCACUUACCACACAACAAACUGGGUCAGCACAGCUGUGACUGGCAUGGAGCAGGACCCGGCCUUAAGCACAGGCUUCAGAAGACUCUUCAAAUACAUUCAAGGGAAUAAUGACAAGAAGUGUAAGGUGGAGAUGACAGCACCAGUGAGCUGUAUGAUUGAGCCUGGUGCUGGACCCGCUUGUGAGAGCACCUUCACUGUGUCCUUCUACAUCCCUGAGGAACAUCAGGCUGACCCACCCAAACCCACUGAUCCAGAUGCUUUCAUCGAGAACAGAAAAGAGGUCACGGUUUUUGUGAGGACCUAUGGAGGCUUUGCUAACAGUGAGAGCAGCCGUGCUGAGCUUCUGAAACUGAUAGAGAGCCUCAAGAGGGAUGGGAUGAAAUUCAAGGAGACUCCGUUCUACAGAGCGGGAUAUGACAGCCCCUUCAAACUGACCAACCGCAGGAAUGAAGUGUGGCUGAUCAAAGAUGAGGAAUAAAAGUCCUAACGAUCACAUGGUCAUGCAUUAUGAUGUGAAUGAAGGAGGUGGUCAAUUUAUUUGUUUGAACUUAACAAUAGUUAUUGUGCAGAUGCUUUGUUUACUAUGUACCGCAAGUGCCUGAAUGUUUUUAUAUGAGAAUUGAACACUGUACUAAUUGUAUAUCUGACCAAUAUUUUACUGCAACAUUUUUAGGUACCGACAGUUAACUGCGAAAUUAUACAAAAAGAAUGUUGAAAUAACUUCUAAUUAGCUGUCAGACUGACACAUUGCCUAAAUCUCACUAAUAAUGUCUAAGGAUCAAGUACUGCACAACUUGAGUUUAACUUUU